AGGCUGACGCUGCCAACUUAGCACGGAGUCCGUGCGAAAUUGUUUGCCUCUCAACAUGAAGGGUUUCUUUUCCGUUGCUGCUCUCGCUGCUGUUCUUCUGGUGGCGUCGUCUCAUCAUCUGGAUCUGUGCGACAAAGACGACCAGGAACUCAGAGAUCAGCUGCAGUGUCAGCGAAAUCAGGCCACGGCUGAGUUCAAGAGGAAGUUUGACCGCGUCAACAGACAACUUCAGUGCGACAGCGACCUGUGCAGCAUCCGCAAGAUGUGUGCUGAACCCGACUUCCUCACCGCAUUGAAGAGGUUCUUUACGGAAGGUGAAAUCGAAGAACUGCACGAACUUGCGAAUCAGUGCGACGCUGCUGCACAACACAGCCAUGGUCAGGACCCCCACUAAGCGUUAAGAUGAAGUAUCCAGGGAAGAGGCCACAACAAGUGGAGCCUUCGAAGACCAACAAGUUUGUGCACGGUUGAAUGUACGCAUGUCACCCAUUGGAGAUGAUUUAUUAAUAAAAUGUAAUGUACGCCUA